AUGCAUCUGACUUACUAUCUGCUAGCGUAUCGCCGCCUUGAAGCGCCGGAUGAAAUACCAUUCGAGCUGAGACCCUCACCAGGCAAAGGCUGGGGUGCUUUCGCCACAAGACGCAUUGACCGAGGAUCCCUAAUUUUGAGUGAAAAGCCAACCUUCGUUAUCCGGAUGUCGCAUACCGAAAUCACGGAUUACCAUUUUUUGCUCCUUCGCGACAACGGGUCAAGCUGUUUUACGAGUAUGAAUGAAGCUUUCGCUGAAAACUCGUUCAACAUCGCAAAUUCAGACCAGCACGAGCCCGAAGCCCAUGGCCUUUUCCCCCUUCACUCACGCUUCAAUCAUUCCUGUAUACCCAACUCAGAAGUUCCAACUGUUACUGGAGAGGCCAUUUCAAGCUUCGCGACCAGGGACAUAGCCGCUGGCGAGGAGAUCAAUUUCUGUUAUAAUCCAGGCUUCCAAGGCAGGACUAGAUAUGAGCGUCAUCAAGCCCUACGUUUUACCUGCCAUUGCGUGGCGUGUCUACCUGGCACUCCCUUCCAACAGCUUAGCGACAUGCGACGGCGAUUGAUUCGAGGGCUUCAAUACCUUUCGCAUGGCGUGGACUUGGAUGGGCAAAGACAAAGUUCGCAUUCUAUUAUUUUCGACUCUAAACUGAAGUUUGCCGCGGAAACUUUCAGUAUAACUCUAUCAUCUAGGUUGAUUUACGCCCUGCUCAUGAUUCUCUUUCUCGAAGAAGAGGGAUUGCUAGAUGAUUCUAUGGACUCAAGGCUAAGGCCGAGCUUAACCAAAACGGUGCAAUUAUUCAAGUCAGAAAGCAACCAAAGCAUUGCCGAGCUAGCCAUGGAACAGAAAACCUGGGUAAAGAAAUUGGAAGUUGCAUUCAAACUGUAUGGCCGAGAAGAUGCUGCCGACUAUGAGGUUACCCUAGCGCUACGACAAUUGCGUCUGUUGUUUUAA